AUGACUAAAGAGUGUGAGUGCCACAGCCACUCAGAUAGCUGCCACUUCUCCCUGGGAGCAUGGCGUUCCUCUGGUAGAACCAGCGGGGGCGUCUGUGACAACUGUCAGCACAACACUGAGGGACGCCGCUGCCAUCGUUGUCGCCACGGCUACCAUCGCCAGAUAUCCCUGCCCCUAAAAUCCCCCCACGCCUGCACACGCUGCUGGUGUGAUCCUCAGGGAUCUUUGCCUCCCAAGCCUGGGAAGGAUGGAGCCUGGUGCCACCAUAGGAGCGGUCAGUGUCGCUGUAAAUUUGGUGUAGGGGGCUUGAGCUGCAGCCAUUGUCUACCCAGUUUCUGGGGCUUUGGAGAAGAGGGCUGCAAACCAUGUGCCUGUCCACACCGCUGUGAUCCGACCACUGGGCACUGCUUGAACAGCUACUCUGAUAAUCACUUGUUAGAUGUGCCCAUCGGUGGAAAAGUCCCAGACGUGGAUCAUUUGUUCACAACUGAAGAAGAGGAACCGUGGUCGAAGGAACUCGCAGUUUCUGCUCAGCACAGCACAGGAAAGUGCAGGUGUAAAGAGAAACGGCUGAGAAGUGUGUCUGACCUGUGUAAGAACAAACAUGACUACGUGAUCAAAGCAAGUGUGUUGUCUGCUCAAGACAAAGGCAGUCACGCAGAAGUGCAGGUCAAAGUUCGUAAGGUGCUCCGAUCAGGCCAGGUGGCGCUGCACCAGGGAACCAUCAGUCUGUAUCCUCUGUCCUGGACCAGCCGAGGCUGCACCUGCCCCGUCCUGAACCCAGGUACCAAAUACCUGCUUGCAGGUCCAGAGGAGCUGGGGUCGGGCCGCCUGCUGGUCACCAUGCAGAGCGUGGUGGUUCCAUGGACGCCUCGACUAGCUUUGUUUAUUUCAGAGGACCUGAGGAACGGAUGUCCAGCAUCCAAAAGAUCAGAGUACAAUUGA